UCUCUGUUGCUGCUGAAUGAUGAUGGUUAGCUAUCUGAACGUCAGUGUUCUGCGGCUGUGAAGUUAUUGCUUUUGUUUGAGACCAAGCCAGCUACCAAUCUCAUACAAUAUUAUAUCAAAUGAUUCAGGCUGGCAAAUUAAAAUUCCCAGUUGUUUUGAAAGCACCGUAAGUCUAGAGAAUGCCAACUUUGACCAAGUCUGAUGACAGAAUUUGCCCACGGCGGACCGCCAUGCCACCUUCCUGUUCAAGUGAGCACAUCACAACAAGCGCCGGACCCUGGGGAACCCUGCAACAAUGACACCCGCUGGACCCAGAAGUGUCAGUCGUCCCGGCCGCUGCACCGGACUAGCCUGUCUCUGGCCUUGGGCUUCUGGCACGCCACGGGCCGCCACUCCAGCCGAAGGCUAAUGAGAGCCAUCCCCCGACACGUGGCCCAGAUACUGCAGGCUGAUGUCCUCUGGCAAUUGGGACACACCGGGCUGGGACAUGGUACUUUUGUGGCAGGGGUCAUUACCAGCAUGCGAGAGUGCCAGGGCUUUGCCCCUGACUCUGAGCUUCAGAGUGUUCACCCAACAAUCAGGUUUGGGAGCUGA